GUGCACAUAUACAGGGCCACGAAUUAUUUAUAACGCUUAUAUGCACUUCGAUUAAUUACAAUUAUUAUCAGUAUUAGUUUUCUCGCGUUCAUUUAUAUUUAAAAAAAAAAAUCAACAAUCAACAGUAUGGCGCUAAUUUAAAACGUGGUAAUCGAACGUGUUAUUCUUUCUCUCCCUGCCCUUGAUUGAGUUCUCUUCGGAAUUUACUUUACUCUUCAGUUUUGCUUCGUUCGUUCGCUGAUACGGAGCUCCGAACGGUCGGCUUACUGUUAGUUUGAACAAAGUUCGGUACCCUUUAAAUUAAAAGUACCUUUUUCAUGUCCGCAUAUACAUGUAAUAUAUUCAAAUAAGUGUUGUCGGUUUAACUUUAAUGUUCUUUCAUUCCAAUCAAUCGAUACAAUAAUUUUUUUUCAAUAUAAGCUACGCCGAGAAGUUUAUUCCAUAUCGAUCGAGGAGUUCAAUUAUAAUUUAGUAUAAAAUGUCAACGGACGAAGUACUGUUAUUAAAUGGUCACCGUGGUUCGAACGGCUAUGUACAAGAUACGAAUAACAAGGUUUCGGGUUCCGCAGGACGCUUCUCUUCAAUGUCUGACCACCUCUCUCCCAGCGAGACUGGCUUAAAUGGUCCGAAUCAAGUGAUGCCUUCAGAUGCGGUAUGGACUUCCGAACCAACUGGUCGAGUUCGUAUAGAACUUGACAGAGAUGGUAUAGGGGCUCGCAUUCCCAUCUCGGUUCCAGGAAUCCUCGAAAAGACUGCCAAAGAGCAUCCGGACCAUCCGGCACUUGUAUCUCGGCCUGGAGUUGAUGGGGAAAGGGUCACCUACACCUACAAAGAGUACUACACCGAGGUUCGGACAGUUGCAAGGGCAUUUUUGAAGCUGGGGCUUGAACGUUAUCACAGUGUUUGUAUCAUUGGAUUUAAUAGUCCAGAGUGGUUCAUCGCAGAUUUAGCAGCUAUACAUGCUGGAGGAUUUGCUGCCGGGAUUUAUACUACCAAUUCUCCAGAAGCUUGUCUCUAUUGUGCGGAACGAAGCAGAGCACAAAUAAUUAUUGUUGAAGAUUCAAAACAGCUAGAAAAAAUUAUGGAAAUCAAAAGCAAGUUGCCCCUUCUUAAAGCCAUUAUACAAUACGAUGGAAUACCGUCGCAGAAAGGAGUGCUGAGUUGGAGGGAACUGCUGCAAAUCGGUAGAUCUGAAUCUGAUGACAAACUGGAUGCGGUUCUAAAAACAAUCGCCAUCAACGAAUGCUGUACUCUAGUAUUCACCUCCGGGACUGUUGGAAAUCCAAAGGCUGUUAUGUUGAGCCAUGACAACCUCAUUCAUGAUGCAGGAGUUAUAGUAUCUACAGUAGGACUGACACCCCGACAAGAUACCAUUGUCAGUUUUCUACCACUAUCUCAUGUCGCUGCGCAGGUAGUGGACAUAUUUGGGAGCAUGGUCGCUGCUGGAACGAUUUACUUUGCUGACAAAAAUGCACUGAAGGGUUCGCUUGUGGAAACGUUGACGCAAGCAAGACCCACAGUGUUCCUUGGGGUCCCAAGAGUGUGGGAAAAAAUUCAUGAAAAAAUGAUGGCCGUAGCCCGAAGCAACGGGGCGAUAAAAACUUGGAUCGCAAACUGGGCUAAGUCUCAGGGACUCGCAUAUAAUAUGAGAAAAAUGGACGGGGUAGAUUAUCAAAAUUGGGGCUACUUAUUGGCCAGGUGGCUGAUUUUCAGUAAAGUAAAAGCUACGCUUGGGCUAGACAGGUGUCACAUGUUUGUUACAGCUGCUGCUCCAUUGAGCACCGAUAUUAAAAAGUACUUUAUGAGCCUAGAUAUGCCACUGAUGGAUGUUUUUGGUAUGUCGGAAGCAUCCGGUGCUCAAACUCUCAGUCGAAAUGAUUUGUACAGAUUGGGCAGCGUUGGAACUAGCAUGGAUAGCUUGCGUUUAAAAAUUCAUAAUCCAGAUAGUACAGGCGAAGGUGAGGUCUGCAUGGGAGGCCGGCAUAUAUUCAUGGGGUAUCUUGAUGAGCCUGAUAAAACUAGGGAAGCUAAAGACGAAGACGGAUGGUUACACAGUGGGGAUUUGGGCAGAAUAGACGAGGAUGGUUUCCUCUGGAUGACAGGACGAAUCAAGGAGCUGAUAAUUACUGCUGGUGGUGAGAACAUUCCACCGGUUCACAUAGAGCAUUUGAUUCUGGCAGAAUUACCAGCUUUAAACAACGCACUUCUCGUCGGAGACACGAGAAAAUACUUGACGGUUCUAGUCACCUUACAGACUGAUGUAGAUAACGAGACUGGAGCCCCGCUGGAUACGUUAACAAAAGCAACACAGAAAUGGGCUCGAUCGAUCGGCAGCAAAGCGCAAACAGUAACUGAAGUUAUACAAAAUAAAGAUCCUGUGAUUUACAAUGAAAUUGAAGAAGCAAUUAAAAGGGCGAAUAAAAAGGCUACGAGUAAUGCACAGAAGGUACAAAAGUUCCGAAUUCUCCCCCAUGACUUCUCAGUUCCAACCGGAGAGCUUGGCCCAACGUUAAAGGUGAAACGAAAUGUUGUUCUUAAAAUGUAUGCUGAUUUAAUAGAGGAAAUGUACAAAUAGUGUCGAGUCGAAUAAUCAGUUAGUACAACCAAAGGUACUGCUGGACUUUAGAGACAAGAUCAUAUUAAGCGGAGAACAUUUGUGUGUGAUUAAUCGUUCUUUCAGAGAGCGAUGCAAUUAGGGGUGCAGAUAAAUGGUAUAGAUUUAAUACAUACUUACCUAAUUCUCGAGGAUCCCUGAGAAGUAAACAAUUUUCAAUAUCGUUCUAACUUAACUAUCGGAUACGUUCCGAACUAAUUAAUUUCACAGUAAAGAUCCUUAAUAGCUGCAAAGAACUUCUUGGAUUGAAAUAUAUGUAUAAAUAUUCUAUAACGAACACUGGCGAACAAUCGAAUGAUCACUGAGAAUUUUUCAACCGGUCAUUUUUCGUCUCAAGCCGCAAGAGAGACUAUUAUAGAUUCGCAAUUGGCCAAAAUCCACCAUAUUGUUAUAGUGAAUUAUAGGUGCGAUAAAAAAACCAAAAACGAAAGUCUAUUGUACGUCGAUCAUCGAUAACGACGUCCAAAGAAUUGGGAGGGAAUAGUUCGCAAUAAAGCAUAAAUAAGUGCCUUUUUAUACGGAGAUAAAAAUAAUUAUAAUCUACCUAUCUUAGUCAUCGCCUAAAAGACAUUGCAAAUAAUUUAUACCUAAUAAAUUUUUAACUAAAAUUUCAACAUUAGUUUCACUUCAAAUAGGUAGGUAAUGUUUUCUGCGGUAUCGUGAGAUGGACGUUUACCGAAUGUUUCUUCGAUCAUUACAACUUGUCAAUACUUUUUCCCAUCAUCUUCUGUAUAUUCUUAUCAAUUGAUGUAAGUAUACAAAAUACUUUUAAAAAAAUCAGGCAAUCUUGUCUAUCCCUUCACUUUUUUGCUAAAAUUAGCGGUUCGCUAUAGGUAUUUACAAUAUAUUAAUGUCUACAUAUCAUUUGCACAGCAACUACUGUCUAACGAGUGCAAUGUUUGAAUGGCAAUUUUUUUCGUAAACCAAAUGGUACUGUACUGAUUAACGAUAUAAUGGUACAAAUUAUUCGCAAGGUAUCUAUAAAUCAACGUAGUAUAUUAAUUAUUAGGUACUUAAGUGACAAUAACAUGGUGCAAUAUAAUUACAUUGUGAACUAACAAGAUUGAAGCCUCGGGUUUAUAUCUGAAACCAUGCGUUCUUCUUGUUGAUUCAAUAGAAUGUCUGUAAAUAUAUAUGAAUUAUGUUUAUCAAAUAAAAACAGUGCUGUUCAUUACAA